UCAGUCAAUACAGACCUUCAAACAACAAUUAAAAAAAAUCUCAAAAUGUUCAAGUUGGUGGUAUUGUCUGCUCUCCUGGCCGUAGCUGCUGCUCGUCCCAGCCACAUCGAAUCACAUCCAGUGGUGUACUCAGCGCCGUUCGCUUCCGUUGCCGUGCACGAGCCUGUACUGACGAAGGUUGGUUCGGUGGUGAAGAGCAUUCCUACUGCUGUCUCCCAUCAGAGUCAAUCGAUUGUACAUAGCUCUGCUCAUGUUGUCGAGGAUAUUGUUGCACCCGCUGUCAGGACCAGUGUAGUGUCCACGCCAGCGUUAGUGAAGCAUAUUCCUGCUGCUCCUGUCCUGCACUCUGCUGCACUACAUCAUGUCGCUGCUGCUACCCCAUUGUUGCAUCACGUGCCAGUUGCUCACUACGCUGCACCUUUGGCGCACUUGCAUGCUGCUUCGCCUCUCACAUACACUGCCACUGGUUUGUGGUGAACGAUCUGAGUUACGGACGAACUUAGUUGGACUGCCUUAAUUAAUUUUCUUUUAUUUUUUUUUUGUUUGAGUUUAUGUUAUUU